CCAUAUGGCACCACGUGAUCACAUGACGCUUGAUGGAUUUAAUCGCGUGCUUGAUCAUUUUAUCCGCAUGGAGAGAGUUUGUCCUAACACAGUGACCCUGAACUGAACCAGGGUGAAUGUAUUCUGUUAUUUUACUGCUUUUGUUUUGAAAUAUAUUUAUAUAUAUAUCAGUAGUUAUGGGUGGAAGUGAAAGUAAGACCAGAUCCGUUUCAUUUGGACUGGAUGAAGAGGACAAUGUCACUGUUCUACAUGGAGUUAAGUUAUCAGGUGAUGUUCUUCAACGAAUGCGGCAGCCUGGACCAUCUCCAGAGAAACCGGCAGCACCAAAACCAGACCCAGGGCCUCCCAGACCGUCUGCAGAAGACAUGCAAGAGGAACUCAGAAAACGGUUCGAGCGGGAACAGGCUCUGGUCCAGGAAGAGCUGUCCCGAAUCAGCCGAAGAGAGAGAGAGUCUGCGGGAGAUGAUCUGAAUCCAGCAGUGCUCAGAGAGAGAUCCAAAAAACAUCAGGAACUGGAGAAAAAUCAAAACCUGUCGGAUGAGUUAAACGUUCGGACUCGACAACUGAAGAGGAAAGAAGAUGAAUUGAAACAUCUGGCAGAAUUUUACAAGGAGCAACUUCAACUGAUGGAGAAGAAGAAUACAGACUACUAUCAACAGACUCUACAGAUGUACAAGGAAGAGGCGGUUAAAGCAGAGACCAAUAUCAAGCAUCAUGACGUGACCCCCAUCUGUGUUGGGCUGCAGUCGCAGGUGUUGAACUGCUACAGAGAGAACAAACAUCAGACGCUGCAGUGCUCGCAACUCGCCAAAGACUAUAUGAACUGCAUCAACACAUCCAAGAAGAAGUGACUUUUUCUUUGCAGUUAUUCCCAUAAGUCCUCCUGAGUCUUCUCUUCACUGUUGUACAUGAAACUGGUGUUUAGCGGGUAGAAUUCAAUGAAGCUGUCAGCGGAGGACAUGUGAGGCGUCUAUUUCUCAAACUAGAGACUCUGAUGUACUUAUCCUCUUGUUUAGUUGCACAUCUGGUCUUCCACAUCUCUUUCUGUCCGUGUUAGAGACAGUUGUGCUUUGUCUUUGAAGACUGUAGUUACACCUUUGGAUGAAAUCUGCAGUUUUUGGCAAUUUCAAGCAUUGUACAGCCUUCAUUCCUCAAAACAAUGAUUGACUGAUGAGUUUGUAGAGAAAGUUUUGACCUAAUAUUGACCUUAAACAUGCCAGUCUAUUGCAUACUGUGACAACUCAAAAACAAACACAAAGACAAUGUUCAGCUUCAUUUAACAAACCAAAUAUCUUUCAGCUGUGUUUGAUAUAAUGGCAAGUGAUUUUCUAGAACCAGAAGAUCAAUUUAUCACGAUUACUCAAGGAUAAGGUGUUGGAGUGAUGCUGCUGUAUAGAUUUGAUCAUAAAUGACUUUUUUCAAAUAGUGAUGGUGCUGUUUUUUACAUCAGUAAUGUCCUGAAUAUACUUUGUAUACAUUUUAUUUAAUUAGUACCAAAAGAAUACAAAUCUAGAUAUUGGCAGUAAAGUAAAAUCGUGACAUAUAGUUACAGUUUAUUAUUUCGACUCCUGACUUUGAAAAAUAGUAUUUUGUAUAAAAAUGAUAAAACAUAAACACUGGUCAUAUCUGCUUCCAAAAUUGGCCUAAUCAAAACCAACGCUGAUAAUUAAAAACAUUAAUAUUGACUGAUAUGAUCACAGAUGUAUUAUGCAUGUUUAUGUUUUUGUUCAUUUUUCUUUCACUAAUGUGUGACAGAGAGAGAGUUCAUUAUGAAACAUGCAUCAGUCAUUUCCUCUACAGGAAAUAAAAACUAGCAUCCACUCUCUGCUUUCAGACUUGUGCUGGUGUGUAAUUGUGUGUGUUUGUAAGAGAGAGCUCGUUUUAAUACUGGAUCUAUCAUGCAUCACACAGAGAGAUAACAACAGCUUUUAUUAGGAUUUCUGUGUGUGUGUGUGUGUGUGUGAGGAGAGCAGGACUCCACACACACACAUGCUCAUCUCAGUCAGUGAGGGUGUGAGGCUGGCAUGCUUUAUGGCAGUAUGCCAACUAGAGCGGGCACACUGCCACACACUUAUUGAAGUGUAACACAGUGUUAAUGAACGAUAUUUACAUCCAAAAAAAUCAGCUACAGCAGGACCAAGCAAAGCUCUCAGCGUACUGUGCUGCUCAAGACAGAGCUGAACAGAAUAUUCACAUAAACAAGAAUUUAUCACGAAUGGACACAAGCCCUCUAAAUGGAGAUCGACCGAUAUUGUUGUUUUAUGACAGAUGCCAAUAUUGAUUCUGUUUAUGUUUAAAUGUCUGAGUAAUGUUGUGCAUUUUAGUACAACAAAUAAUAAAACCAAUUUAUUUGGCAAUAUACAGUUGUGCAAUGCUCUUCACUUAAUUAUUGGACCGUUUUGCAGUUUGUUUUU